GGAUCCAUAGCUCUUUAUUUCGAGGUCCGAAUUUCCAAGUCUUCCACUUCCCGUUCUUCUUUUCUAGUCCCAGACUCAGCUCGGGACUAGAGACUCGCCGAACCUAGUGUUUUGUAAAUCCAUUACGGGUGCCUGCUAGGAAUUCACAAGGAUAUAUUUCAACUUCCUGUGUCGGCUACUAAGGUGGUUACCUUAUUCUGGUUUCGAUCUGCGUCUUUUCCUCUCCGCCGGAGAAAUUUCAGGGGAUUAAGGCAAGAUGACUGCUCCCCUUCCUUCGCCAGAGGAGCAGGAGCGGCUCCAGGGCGCGGCAGUGGACGUGCUAAUGCAGGAUAGCGGGAUCCCUUCUAGCGGGGACAACGAUCAGGACAUGGGGGGACCGGAUCCGCCAGGCCGGACCCGGGAAGGAGGGGAUCCGCGGGAGGCGCGGGAGGCGGCGGAACACAUGGCGGAAGAGAUGGGGGAAGCGCAGAUCGGAAGCGUGGAGGUGGGAGAAGACGGGGAGCUGGCCUCUCGCGGGGGGGCAGACUCCAUGGAAGCGGAGUCCCCCACCGAUCCCCCUGCCACCGACGCGUCCCCCCCUGGCCUGGUCGCGCCAGCCACCAUUGGCCCUGAGCUGCCCCCUGCAGACGACCCCCUGUCGCGCACCUUCCGGUGGCAAAUCGACAACUUCUCCAACAUGGCUGAGCGCAAGAUCUUCUCCAAGCCCUCCUUCAUGGUCGGGGGGUACAACUGGCGACUGCUGAUCUUCCCACGUGGUAACAACCAAGCAGAGCAGCUCUCAGUGUAUCUUGACGUGGCAGAUGCCACCACUCUGCCGCCCGGUUGGACCAAGAGCGCGCACUUCGUGCUGUCGCUGAUCAACCAGUACGACCGCAAGCUGUCCGUGCGCAGAGACACGAGCCACCAGUUCAGUGCGAGGGAGAGCGACUGGGGCUUCACGUCCUUCAUGCCGCUGCAGGACCUCUACGACCCCUCUAAGGGCUUCCUCGUUAACGACACUGUGAUCCUGGAGGCUGAAGUGAACGUGCGCGUGGAUUACUGGGCUUACGACUCCAAAAAGGAGACUGGAUACGUGGGGUUAAAGAACCAGGGCGCCACGUGCUACAUGAACUCCCUGCUACAAACCCUCUACCACAUCCCCUUCUUUCGGAAGGCUGUCUACCACAUGCCGACUUCAGAGAACGAGCUUCCCUCCAGCAGCAUCCCCCUGGCGCUCCAGAGCCUGUUCUAUAAGCUCCAGUACACAGACACCAGCGUGGCAACGAAAGACUUAACUAAAAGUUUCGGGUGGGACACUUAUGACUCGUUUCUGCAGCACGACGUGCAGGAGCUGAACCGGGUGCUGUGUGAGAAGCUGGAGGACAAGAUGAAGGGGACGGUGGUGGAGGGGACCAUAGAGAAGCUGUUUGAAGGGCACGUUAUGAACUAUAUCGAGUGCGACAAUGUGGAGUACAAGUCGACCCGGAAGGAGUCUUUCUAUGACCUCCAGCUGGACGUGAAGGGGUGCCGGGACGUGUAUGCGAGCUUUGACAAGUACGUGGAGGUGGAGCGGCUGGAUGGCGACAACAAGUACCACGCAGAGCAGCACGGGCUGCAGGACGCUAAGAAGGGGGUGCUGUUCGUUGACUUCCCCCCGGUGCUGCAGCUGCAGCUGAAGCGGUUCGAGUACGACUUCGUGCGAGACACCAUGGUCAAGAUCAACGACCGCUACGAGUUCCCCCUUGAGCUGGACUUGGACAGGGGCGAUGGCAAGUACCUCACACCGGACUCGGACAGGGGCGUGCGCAACCUGUACCAGCUACACAGUGUUCUGGUGCACAGUGGGGGAGUGCACGGGGGUCAUUACUACGCCUUCAUUCGACCAAACCUCACAGAGCAGUGGUUCAAGUUUGACGAUGAGCGAGUGACCAAGGAGGAUGUGAAGCGAGCCCUGGACGAGCAGUACGGGGGAGAGGAGGAGCUGAGCCAGACGAACCCGGGGUUCAACCACCCGCCCUUCAAGUUCACCAAGUUCUCUAACGCCUACAUGCUGGUGUACAUCCGGGAGUGCGACCAGACCAACAUCCUGUGCAGCGUCACCGAAAACGACAUUGCACAGCACUUGAGGGCCCGUUUGAAGCGGGAGCAGGACGAAAAGGAGCGGAAGCGGAAGGAGAAGGCGGAAGCGCACCUGUUUACCGUCAUCAAGAUCUCACGAGACGAGGAUUUGAGGGAGCAGAUUGGGCGUGACCUCUUCUUCGACCUCGUGGACCACGAGAGGGUGAAGAGCUUCCGCGUGCAGAAGCAGAUGCGGUUUGCGGAGUUUAAAUUGGAGGUGGAAAGGGACCUGGGGAUUCCGGCUGCGGGGCAGCGCUUCUGGCUGUGGGCGCGGCGGCAGAACCACACGUACCGCCCCAACCGGCCGCUCAACGCAGAGGAAGAGAGCAUGACGGUGGGGCAGCUGAGGGACUCGGUCAGUAAGGCGCACACUAUGGACCUGCGCCUGUUCCUCGAAGGCACGCCUUCCUCCCCUGACCGGCCCUUGGUUCCUCUGCAUGAGAGGGCUAAGGACGACAUUCUGCUUUUCUUCAAGUUUUAUGACCCAGUGGCAGAGACGCUUAAGUAUGUGGGUCGUCUGUUCGUGAAGCUUGGCCAGAAGCCCGGGGAUGUGCGAGGGAAGAUCAACGAGAUGUGCGGCCUCGCUCACACCGAGGAGAUUCUGCUGUUUGAGGAGAUAAAGUUUGAGCCGAGUGUGAUGUGCGAGCCCAUGGACCGCAAGAUCACGUUCAAGGGCGGGCAGCUGGAGGACGGCGACAUCGUGUGCGUGCAGCGCGUGCCCAGGCCGGGCCAGGAGACCGUGAGGCACCCGGACGUGCCGUCGUUCCUGGAGUAUGUGCGCAACCGGCAGGUCGUGCACUUCAGACGCCUGGAGAAGCCCAAGGAGGAUGCCUUCUGCUUGGAACUCUCCAAGCAGCACACGUACGACGACGUGGUGGGAAGGCUGGCAGAGGAGCUAGGGCUAGACGACCCGUCCAAGCUCCGCCUCACGACGCACAACUGCUACUCGCAGCAGCCCAAGCCGCCUCCCAUCAAGUACCGGGGAGUCGACUCGCUUACUGACAUGCUUGUGCACUACAACCAGUCGUCAGACAUCCUGUACUUUGAGGCGCUGGACAUUCCCCUUCCAGAGCUGCAGCGGCUGAAGACUCUCAACAUCACCUUCCACAACAGCAAGGCGGAAGAGGUGUCGGUGCACAACAUCCGGCUGCCCAAGCAAUCAACGGUGGCAGAUGUGCUCGCGGACCUGAAGUCCAAGGUGGAGCUGUCUCAUCCGAAGGCGGAGCUGCGGAUGCUCCAAGUCUUCUACAACAAGAUCUACAAGAUCUUCCCUCUGGCAGAGCAGAUCGAGAACAUCAACGACCAGUACUGGAGCAUCCGGGCAGAGGAGAUCCCGGAGGAGGAGGUGAACAUGGGCCCUCAAGACCGUGCGAUCCACGUGUACCACUUCAACAAGGACGCCGGCGGGCAGAACCAGAUGCUGCAGACGUUCGGGGAUCCCUUUUUUGUGGUGGUGGGGGAGACUGAGACUCUCGCAGAGAUCAAGGAGCGGAUCAAAGCGAGACUGGAGGUGCCCGAUGAGGAGUUUGGCAAGUGGAACUUCGCCUUUGUGGCACUGGGCACACCAGAGUACCUCCAGGACUCGGAUAUCGUGGCAGCCCGGUUUCAGAAGCGUGACACAUGGGAGUACUACCUUGGCUUGGAGCAUGCAGACACCAACCCCAAGAGGGUGCAGCACAACCAGAACCGGCAUGCCUAUGAGAAACCUGUGAAGAUCUACAACUGAAGAUACAAUUUAGCCAAAUGGCCACAUUUUCACUUCGUUAACUGUUAUAUAGUGUAUCCCUCAUGGCAUACUGUACUAUGUCCUGUCCGCUCUGUUGUAGAAAGAUGAGCGCCUGCGCUACAGCGGUUGUGCUUUCCGAAAGAACCGAGUACCUGUAUUGCAGCCCAGCAGUAGAUGUUGCAAUCUAGAGGCACAUAUGCUGCGACCGACGCUCCUUAUGCCUUGCAAAGCUAUGGUACCGGAUACAAGCUGUGAUGUUUUGCCGCUGGUGACCUGUUGGCUCAUAAGGAGUUGGGUGACCUGAUUAGGCGAACUCAUACAAAG